AACCAGAACCGGAGUACGAUACUUUGAGGAAUUCCGCUCACGUUUUUGGGAGAGACCGGAAACACAGUUUGAUCAAAUACAUAACGUAAACGCAUCCUCGAGAAGAAGAGAAGAAAGACGGCGAAACCGCACUCCACCACCAACCUACGAAGAAGUUUCAUCAAUGAUAAAUAUGAGUCGCCGUGAAUCUCCCGCCGGUCAAAGGGAUCGAUCUGCAUCCCCGACCCGGAGAAAUCCCACCAGAAGAGACGAAACUACUAAUCGAGAAAAUGUAAGUAAUGUAAAUGAUGCGGAUGGGAAUUCAGGCCAUAACACUAAUGAUGUAGGUAGAAAUUUAGAUAAUGCGACAUACUUAUCUUUACCUCAUUUGGCAAAUACUACCUCAACCCCUAAUAUAUCUGCAUCACAAAAUGAUAGUGAUAUUAGUAUGCCCGAUAUAGGAG